UUUAGUCCUGCCGGCAAUACUUAACAUUUCGGGCACACACCGACAUUGCGGUGCGAAAAUCAGAGAUCGCAACGGAACUUCGAACUUUUCAUCGAUACUCGAGCAUCCAAACGCCGGAAUGGGCAAAGGAGAUAAAAGGACUCCGCAGCGUUCGGACGGUGGUUCGACGAAUCUGGUCGGAAAGUUCACGCAAAGCGUGCGGAGGAUCGUUCAAGAUGUGAAGGACGAAGGCACGGCUAGCGGCCAAACCAAGGAGGAAGUAAUCGAGACGAACGAACGUCUUCGAGCGGUCCGGGUGCGCUUGGAUGAGUCGUACGACACCGCGAAGAAGGCGCUCGUCACGCUGAUGGCCAAAUACAAUGACAGCAAGUCCGUUAACAACAUCCUCCAGAGAUACAAGCUUCUCAAGUCUAUGAUCAAGGAGGUAAUCAGAUUGGAAACGCAGUACUGGUCCUUGGUAGACAUACCCAAGCAGGAGAAGCACGAAACCGUACCGGCAUUCGUCCUUCGUGCUUGUGCCAUCAUGGAGAAGACGCAGAAAUCCGGUGAAGGCGUGAAGACGUCCGCAAAACUCGCUGAAGAAGCGCAGGACAAGAGGGAGCGAAUAGACAGACUCGAAAAUAUGACUACGGCGCAGAUCGAAGCCGAGAACACGCAGAUGACGAACGACCUGUAUAGGCUUCUGAAGAAGUAUUCCGGAUUGAGAAACCUCAUUCGCGAAUUGAAGGCAGACUACAUGAACUCGAAGCUGUACCCGAUCUUCCCGCGGUACACCAUGCUCAAGGACAUGAUCAAGGACAUCAUGCUGCACCCCGAUUACAUGGAGGUGUGCCACGAGGUGGACGCAUAGCCCAGGUCCUUCACAUAGAACACCCUGAAGACCCGAGGUCGAGUCCGGUGAUCCGGUACCAAAAAGAAAACCACUUCCUCUCUCCAGGACCUCGGGUGGAUCUCGGCAUUACCAUUUUCCCAUAACCACACAUAAUAUACACAAACACACAUACACCAAACAUAAAAUAUUAAAGAAAGCUUCUUCCGAAUAACCGCGAAAUUUUAUAUGUAUCUAUACCUAAAUAUAUUAAUUAAACGUAAUCGUAAUAAUCAUAUUCAAGAUGGGCGAGGAUUUGUUUUAUUUUCGGAAUAGAUGAAGUGUUCGUGUUGAGCGUGCUUGUACUUAGGAUUGUCGUUGUUGUAUUUGGAAAAAAUGUAUUAUUAUCAUUACGUUGAGCUUUAAACCAAAAGAGAAAAGAUAAGUUUGCCCCCAACCAAAUAAAAACCACCAACUAAAUAAAAUUAACCAAAACCAAAGAUUUCACGGAUAUCAAUGAUAUGAUACGCUUUUCAUUCCCCAAAUAUAUUUUUGUAAUUAUUUGUAUUUUUACGGAGAGAAAAGAAUUCAAGGCGAAGAACGACGGCUGAAACGCUGAUUGUAUUUAAAUUUAAACAAUAUAAUGAUAAUAUCUUAUAAACGCAAUGGAAACACUGCCAGUUUAAAAGGCAACUUUGUUAUUCAAUAUAUAUUGUAUUAAGUGUAACGCUAUGUGUAAAUUGUUGUUAAAUACUGCAAUGACAGCAAAGACAAAUCUAACCUAAAACUUUUGACACCUGUCAACACAUUUUAGGUUAGAGUAAAAGCUUUGCUGAUUAUCCUCAGUAGCUGUACUUUUCGUAUCCUCGUUUACGUAGCCGUUAUUUGUGACAUUGCUUUUGAACGAUAUGUUGGAAAUUUUUUGAGAAAGUUGUCGAAGUCGCACAGAUCACGGUGGGGAGCCGAAACAAUUGAAGGCGUAACCUAACCUAAAACCUAAAUGUAAAGGAUUGUUGACUUACAUAAGUAAAAUCAACUGUGUAUAUCCGUUCAUGCGUGGAUGUUUAGAUAGUAUAUGUAUAUAUAUAUAUAUCAACUAUAUAUUCGAUGUAUUAUUAUGUAACCAGUUUUUACCAGUA